AUGGGUGCCGCGCAAGUCCAAAACGGCGUCGCCGCCUCUUCCUCCGCUCCGAACCAAGCAACAGCCACUGCAACAGCAACAACAGCAACGCACGGCGUCGCCGCCGCGGCUUCUUCAUCCGAUUUGAACCAAGCAACAGCGCCUGCAACAACAAUGGCAGCAAGAGAAAAAGCGUGUGAAGUAUCGAAGACGCCGAAGAAGAAGAAAAUCUGCUGUGCUUGUCCUGACACGAAGAGGAUUCGGGAUGAGUGCAUAGUGGAGCACGGAGAAGACGCUUGUGGGAAGUGGAUCGAAGCUCAUCGACUUUGCCUCCGUGCCGAGGGAUUCAAUGUUUGA